CCUUUUACAUAUUUGCUGUUUUCUGAAUUGUUUUGUGUUUCAUAAUUCUGUUAUUUGUAAAAGCUUAUAAUAGACUGUUUAAUUGUAGGUUCUAUUGUGACAACAUAUAGAGUGACAAAAUGAGUAGUAUGUUUUUCUUUGUGCAAUAACAACGGUAGAAAUGUUGUUAAUGCAGAAAUAGAAAUGCAGCUAUAAUGUAGUCAUAUCUGGAUUUAACGUAUACAGACACUGACUUUGAAACCUGACCGAACAGAGAAAUGUUAAAAAAAAAAUCGCGGUUCCUUUAAAAUGACGCCAACGAGCGGUGACGUCACUGAACGUCCCCUAGUAACCCUCGUCAGCGUCUCGGAAAAUACCGGGAGGAAGAUGGGUUUGUUGUCAAUCCUUAGAAAACUAAAGAGUGCCCCAGAGCAGGAGGUACGCAUUCUGCUUCUCGGAUUAGACAAUGGUGGAAAGACGACACUUCUCAAACAGCUUGCCUCUGAGGAUAUUAGUCACAUCACCCCGACACAGGGCUUUAACAUUAAGAGCGUGCAGUCUCAGGGCUUCAAACUGAAUGUCUGGGACAUUGGAGGCCAGAGGAAGAUAAGGCCGUACUGGAGAAACUACUGUGAAAAUACUGACGUGCUUAUUUAUGUCAUAGACAGUGCAGACAGGAAGCGGUUUGAGGAAACGGGACAGGAGUUGGCUGAGCUGCUGGAUGAGGAGAAACUUGGUGGCGUACCUGUUUUGACCUUUGCCAAUAAGCAAGACCUGCUGACUGCUGCUCCAGCCUCUGAGAUCGCAGAGGGACUGAACCUGCACACCAUUCGGGACCGCAUGUGGCAAAUUCAGUCCUGCUCUGCACUUACAGGAGAGGGGGUUCAGGAUGGCAUGAACUGGGUCUGCAAGAACAUUACUGCAAAGAAGAAGCAGUGAAUCGAGUGUAUUUUUCUACAGCCGUUCAGAGAAUGUGAAAAGCAAACUUUGUGGACUGUGGAUUCCCUACCAGCUCCUCCAGGUUAAAGGGAUAUGAGGAGGUUCAGAGAGGCUUUUUUUUUUUCCUCAUCUGAACCACCUCAGCCACUGCCUCAUUUCCUCAGCCAUCAACUCGGUCUGACUCACAUUUACUCCAUAAACACUGUGCAAUAGCAUUAUAUUCUGAAUGAAUUUGAUUUAUAAUGUACAAUCAACCACUGAAUUGAGUUUAAUAAGUGUUUUUUGCAUUAUUAUUAUUUAGUCUGUUUGAUUUUGGAAUCUAUUUCAAUACCUUGGCUUGGAUUUCUAUGAUUUAUUCCUUUGAAAUGUUUUAAAUUA